GAGUCCUAUAACUUCAUUAUUGGUACGGGAUAUGAUACUUCAUUAUUCACAACAUCAUAUGGUGACGAAACCUCAUCAACAGGUGGUAUGGUCUCUUCUCUUGGCUAUAUCACAUAUGAUGGACCCGUCCCAGAUUCAUCCGUACCAAGUGUGUGUCAAGCAUGUCCUUCACUCCUUACUGAAUUUAUCUCGCUUAGUACCUCAUCGUCGUCCAGUUCUUCCACAACUGCCCUAUCAUCUUCAUCGAUUAGUUCUAGUUCCGAGUCUGGCUCUGAGUCCCUUCCAAGUGCUUACACCACUACCUUCACUGAUGCUAGUGGUACCGAGUCUGGUGUUGUUUCCCACUACACCACGACUGA